AUGGAUUUCAAAAUUAAAAGAAAGUCAACAAAAACAGCAGUUGUUGGUGGUCUUUUAGAGUCGUAUCCUCAUGAUUUACAAUUGUAUAAAAUUCCUCCAAUUGAAGAUAUCGCCUUAAAAGAAUUCGAGACUUUAGCUCUUGAAAGACUUACGCUACUACGGAGCUUGGCAACUGCAACAACAUUAAAAGGCUUGCGGCUGUACUCCGAAGAAUGGAUUGAAUACGUUUUAAGUGAUUUAAGGACUCAGGGUCUUAAGUACUAUGUUAAGCUUUGUGAAAAAACAGAUUUUAGCACUAAGGAAGCAGACUUACAAGCUAGACGAAAAGAUCAUAUAGCGCACUUCAUUCUUAGACUAGCAUAUUGUAGAACAGAAGAAUUAAGAAGAUGGUUUGUUUCCAGGGAGAUAGAAUUAUUUCGCAUGAGAUUCAUGACUAUGACCAGUGAUGCUGUAGACACAUUUUUCCGUAUCAAUAAUUUAUGCUAUACAAACAUUUCUGAAGAAGAGAAAAACGAAAUUCUAAUUAAUCUAAGAGAAUCCACACACCACCAAAAUAUUGACAAUAUGAAGUUUUAUAAAGUGAAGUUUUAUGAAGUCCUGGAUUUGGUAAAGACCAGGAAAGUUUAUUUGAAAGGAGGAUAUGCCUAUGUUCCCCAUAAGGAUUUUAUAUCUGUGCUGAUAGCCCAAUACAGAAUACAUUUACGACAGAGUUUAGCUAUAGCAUCUCACCAUUUGAGUGAAGUAGAGCAAGAUGAAAGAUUGGUAUCCCUGUUAAAAGGACUGCAUCAGACUUAUACAGGCAAUAAUUAUAGUGAUACCAAAGCUGCAGUACCAAUAGAGACACUAGAUUCAUUAUCCAGCAAAUCCUUCCCAUUAUGUAUGAGGCAGCUACAUGAGCAUCUCAGAACUGCUCACCAUUUAAAACAUGGAGGCAGAUUACAAUAUGGUCUAUUCCUAAAAGGUAUCGGUGUCACUUUAGAAGACUCGCUUAGGUUUUGGAGAGAAGAGUUUACAAAAAUAAUGGAUUUAGACAAGUUUGAGAAACAGUAUGCUUAUAAUGUAAGAUAUAAUUAUGGUAAAGAAGGUAGCAAGAAGAAUUAUAGCCCAUUCAACUGCUUGAAGAUAAUAAGUAAUACUGUGGGUCCUGGAGAUUGUCAUGGUUGUCCGUUCAAGCACUCUGAUGCAAAUGUUUUAAAAAACAAAAUGAAAGGCUACGGAUUUGAACUUCAAGCUAUCAAUGAUGUUGUUGAUUUAGCCAAACGUGGUCAUUAUCAAAUAGCAUGCAGUAAAUACUUUGAUGUUGUACAUAACAGCUCUAUGGGAUUAGGUAUUAACCAUCCUAACCAGUAUUUUGAAGAAAGUCAAAAACUUAAAGGAGAAGUGAAAAUUGAACCCAAGACGGAAGCAAAACAAAGUAUAAAACCUGAAAACAAUGCUGUAGAAGACAUGGAAUUUGAUGAGAAUUUUUGA